AGACAGAUCAGGUCAGGUAACAACCUUACUGCAUUGGAUGUAUUUUGGGUAACAGGCAGCGCAGUUCUUUGGGUCGGCGCCGCCCGUCUCGAACCGCUGGGGCGUCAUCGCACAGGGUUACCAGAGGCUAAAAGAGAAUAUGAGCAAUUGCUUGCAUGCACGGCGCUCGACUACUUCCGGCCUGGUUACGGAGACCAGUAACGGAAGCGGAUGCCAAUGCUCUCAUACUGCAUAUGUAUGGUGUUUUGGCAUGCAGUCAUUCCCGUCAACCGACAGUGCGAGGAAAAGAGGGCGAGGGGACGGCAUUGGAGUUGGUGAGGAUGGGCAGGCAAGCUAGUCUCACAUCUGCCUUGGGCCCGCUCCCCCUUUCCAGAAACGGCGGGCCCUCGGCUGAUCGUGUGUCAGCGCGCGUCGCGCACGGUUCCUCCGUUCGUAUUGACAAGGUUGGGGACCCGACGAUGCAUCUCCGACCACGGAAGCUGUCCAAUGGUCGGUCAUCUUCUACCAAGUACAUCAAGUCAUGCUCUACACCAUAUGUACACGAGAAGGUUGACUACACCAUGGUCCUGUAUGCUGAAUUUACCCCGCUGCACAAUGACCGCGUUGCAAUCUAGUGUCUGUCAGCCCCACCAAACGCCUUCGCUGU